CCGGGAGGGAGAAGGGGGGAUCGUUGGGGUGUCGCAGCUGCGCUCUCCCUUCCUCAUCCCUGUGUGGGGUCCUGGGUGCGGUAUCCGCUCCCCUCGUGUGUGGCAGCAUCGUGUGAGGGCGGAGGUGUCGUGCUUGGCAUCCCCACCAAGUCAGGCUACUGUGUAUAGGCACAUGCCAUGCAGUGGGGUGAUGCUGUGUGCUGAAACCCUGCCACUAGCAGAUCACUCCUUUGGCAUGGUAUGAAGCAGAAACCACCUUUGUAUUUGAAUAUGCUGCUGGACUGCACAUAGGACAACUGGAAGGAGGCUGACCACACAGCAAUGCAGCCCCUACUUCAGAAUGAUGAGCUCAGUCUGGAAGCAGCCGUAGCAAGCAUCCGUCCCCAGCUGGUGGAGUUCCUCAGUCACCAUCAAGACUGGCUGCUCACGACCUCCCAGCACUUCCUCCCAGGGGCCACACUGAGGGGCUUGGAUGGCAUCACCGACCACAGAGAAAAAGUCUCAAAGCUCCUUGGCCUGCUGGAGAAAGCUGGCCCUGCCACCUGGAAACAGUUUGCACAGCACCUCUGCAUGGAGUGCGACCUCCCCCUGGAGCUGGAGAUACUGCUUAUGAGUUCUGCAGGAGAAGGUAACUUGAGCCAGAAACAAGAAGCACGCAUAGAUGUGAGUGCCUGGUCUUCUGUGCCAAAAGGGUUUGCUUGCCGCCGACGUAGCAGCAGCUCUAUCAGUGAUAAGGAUGCUAAACAGAAACGCCUGGAUUCAGCUGAAAAUUAUCGGCAUCUUCUCAUUGAUACAGUCCGUCAGAGGUACGGAAGCAGGAGAGCAGCAGGAGCAGCAGCACAGGAACAAAUGCAGCCACUGGCUUUCAACCAAGCCUUUGUCAAUCUUGUUAUUCGACAGAGCAAAGCCUCCCGAUUAAAAGAGAGAACAGAUAAACCCAGAGAGGAUCUGCCCAGUGCCCCUGAACCAGAAGAAUGUGUGGAUACAGCCAUGAGAGUGUCAGAUCUGUUUGGUAGUGUGGUCCGAUCGGGUACAACUAAGUUGAUCUUUUUGUUUGGUAAACCAGGUACAGGCAAGACCAUGCUAAUGCACAGGAUUUGUCAGAAAUGGGCAGAAGGUGUCUUACAUCAGUUUCUCUUCACAUUCCUUUUUGAGUUUCGUCAGCUGAAUUUAUUAAAAAGAAAAUUGACUCUGAAGGAGCUUUUGUUUGACUUGUUUCUUCAGCCAGAAGAGAGCCCCGAUGUAGUGUUCCAGCACCUCUUGGAAAAUGCCCAGCAUACACUGAUCAUCUUUGAUGGGCUGGAUGAGUUCACAGGUAGCAUGGACAUGUCAUCCACUUCUAAGGGAGGCCCGACACUUCCCUCUCAUAUGUCCAUAUCUGAGCUCUUUGCAGACCUUUGUCAUGGGAAGCUCCUUCCAGGUUGCACAGUGUUGGUUACCAGCCGACCUAAGAGACUACCAGACUUCUUAUUAAACACGGUAGAUGUGCUAGCAGAAGUUUGGGGAUUUGAUCACAAGAAGGUUGAAGAAUAUGUCAGCCACUAUUUUCAUCAUCAUUCAUUCAAAGAACAAGCCAUUGCUCACCUGAAGAACAACACUAAGCUCCUCAGCAUGUGUCUGAUCCCUGCUCUGUGUUAUGUUGUCUGCAUCUGUUUGGAGUAUUUGCUUCUUAAACAUCAGAUGAGUGUAGAGCUUCCUCAGACUAUGACACAGUUUUAUAUAAAAAUGCUUCUCAUCUUCAUAAACAAACAGCAGGGAGAGCAUGCAGUUGAUGAGGAAACUCAGCUGAACUGUAACAAGAAGGCCAUUUUGGGUCUCUGUGAUCUUGCACUGAAAGGCCUGGAGGAUAAGAAGCUUGUAUUUUAUGUCAGUGAUAUUCCAGAACACGUGAAAGAAUUUGCUUCCUUGCAUGGUCUGCUGACUGUCUUUGAGGUGAAGACGAGUGGCACUCACCCAGAGGCUGGUUAUGCCUUUGUGCACUUGAGCUUGCAGGAGUUUUUUGCCGCACUGUGUCUCAUGAUAAACAAGAGGGUGGACAAGAGCUACCUGAAGAAGAAAUUCUCUUUGAAGUCAAAGUGGACUUUAAAGAACGAAGCAAAGACCGAGUUCAUAGAGAGUUUUCACAUCUUCCUCUCAGGCCUGUCAUCCAAAGAGUGUAGGACAUUUCUCAUGUUGCUAGCUGAACAAAAUGAAGCUUGGGUGCAGGAUAAGCAAGAUGCAAUCCUGCAGUCUCUCAAGAAACUGGCAGCCACUCAUCUGACAGGGCCCAAAGUCAUUGAGCUCUGCCAUUGCACGUUUGAAACUCAAGACCUCAAAUUAGCCCAGCACAUUGGGAGCCUACUGAAUUUCAAGUACGAGUUUAAAAACUUCAGACUGACACCUCUCGACAUGUCGGCUCUGGUUUUCGUCAUAAACUCGGGCCAGGAUUUGACUCAUUUGGAUUUUGCAGGAUGCCUCAUGGACGCUGGCUGUUUGGAGGUUCUGGCCAGCUGUAAAAACGUGGAACAUUUGAGCUUUCGGAGUAGAAGAUUUGGUGAUGACUUUGCUGCUGCUCUUUCAAAGAGCUUACGAGAAAUGGGGAGCCUGAAGAAACUAGAGUUGACAGGCGGGAAUAUCACAGCUGAGGGGCUGACUAACUUGGUCCAGGCUUCCUCACAGUGCCUUCAGCUCGAGGAAAUAAACUUGCAGGACAAUCGGAUACGGGAUCUAGAGGUAAAGAGGGUGUUGGACCUGUUUUCCAGAAUGGAAAAGCUAAAGAAAAUAGAUCUGAGCAACAACAAUCUUUCCUUGAAUGCUGUUCUCAUUUUGGCAAAGGAAGUCAUCACGUGUCAAAGUGCUACCGAACUGCACAUCAGGAAGGACACUGUGAUAAUAUCUUUUUCUGGCACAUCUGGAAAAGUUCCAAGAUCUUUGGAUUUGAGAUGGGAAGAAAACAAGGAAUGUGUAAUUCCAACAAGACAUAUGAAGUUAUGCUUACAGGAUCGCAGCCUGUCUUUGCAACAUGCAAAGGAGAUUGUGUCCAUUCUCCAGAGCUGCCCCCAUCUCUCUGAAGUGGAUUUAUCAGGUAACAAGCUUGGAGAUGAAGGCUGCAGUUGCCUGCUGGAAAGCCUCCCUUGGAUAUCAAUUUCAAAGCAGCUGGAUCUCAGUCACAACCUCCUCUCUAUUAAUGGCAUUUACAGUCUUCUGAAGUCAGUAAAUACCUGCCAGAAGACGAUGGAGGUAGAAGCCAGCCUUUCUCAUAAGACUGCAGUCCUGAGGUUUACAGAAGACAGAGAAUUUGCUUCCCUUCCUCAUAGGGAAGAGCCUUUGUACCCUACUGAUGACCAACAGGUUGGAGAGGAAAAACAAACACCUAUUCUCUCAAAAAAAAUAAGACUGACAGACUGUCAUUUUCAAGCCAGUGACCUGGAGAAGCUUUGCACAGUCCUGCAGGAAUAUAGCAGCAUCUCUGAGCUGGACUUAUCAAAUAAUUCUCUGGGAGACGAGGGACUUUCACGGCUGUUUCAGUUCCUCCCAAAUUUGAAAAUGUUAAGGUCACUCAAGCUUGAUAACAACCGGAUCUCCCUGAACUCUGUGUUUUGCUUAGCUCAGUCCUUAUCUACACUGGAACACAUUAAAACAAUGAACCUCAGCUUAGGACACAUGCAGGUGGUUCAUCUAAGCUUUUGGGAAAGAAUCAGAGACAGAAGUACCGGCAGAUUGAGAAGAAAUUUCCUGGUGCAUCCCAAGCACAUAGCAAAUGGACAAUGCUUUCGUCUCAGGGACUGCAUGAUGGGUCCUGAGGACAUGACCAGGCUGUGCCAGAUACUGGCUCAUUGUACCCAGCUGACAGAAAUCGAUCUGUCUGGAAAUUCACUGAGUGACCAGAGCAUUGAGAGAUUACUGAGCUUCCUGCCGUACCUCUGCCAUUUAACACUCCUGAGUAUUAAGAACAGCACAUUUUCGCCACAUUGCACCAUCUUAUUCACCAACUCUAUUGGUCUCUCUGAGCGGAUCAGAAAAGUAGAAGUUCGGUCAAAUCAAAAUGCUUUUUUGCAUUUAGGAACGAGCACACAAAGCCAGAAGACGUCCUGCAGGCUGACGGACUGUGCUAUCAGUCAAGGGCAGAUAGAGGAGCUCUGCAGAGUUCUGGAGCAGCAUGGGCGGCUGGCAGAAGUAGAUCUCUCCAGGAAUCAGCUAGGGGAUGAAGGCCUGAGGUUCCUCUUGGACCACUUGCAUCGAGUGCAUGUUACCUGUUCCCUCAAUCUCAGCCAUAAUAGAAUUUCUCAGGAUGGAGUUCUGCAUCUCAUAAAUGCCUUUGCCACAUCUAGAAAUACCACUGAAGUUCUGGUCAGUUUGUGCUCCAAAGCAACUUUACUCGUGAAACUGACAAGCAGAGAUAACCCAAGAAAGAUUUUGAGCCUCACGGAGUGCAACUUUCAGCCAGAGCACUUGGAAAAGCUAUGGUUAGUCCUGGAAAAGUGCACCAGUCUGACAGAAUAUAUAUCCUCAAAUAACAACAUGACAGUGCAUGCUGCAGAGAGGCUUUUACAUUCAUUGAGGAAAACUCCAGGUCCUCUAAAGCUCAGCAUAAAAGAGCCAUGGGUAUGUAAAAAAAGUGUCACGAACCUUCUUGAGCUGGCUGUCCAGGCCUGUGGAAACAUUACUGCGAUCAUGAUAUGUAAAGAUAAAAGCCUCUUCCAAUUAGGCACAAGGUUCCCAUGCUGCCUGGAGAAGGUGGAAUCAGUCGUUAGCAGAUCUAAUCUACAUGAGCCAGAAAUCAAGCGUGCUUGCUUCUAUCAAAGGGUUCUUGAAAAAUGCAUCCAGCUUCAGGAACUGAGAUGGUCUCAUGUUGAGCUCCACGAUGAUGACACAAAAAUUCUAGUCGCUGUUUUGCUACCUCUUCCAAAGCUGAAGAAGUUUGAGCUGACCUCUUGCAGUAUUAUGCCAACUGGAAUUGAUUACUUGAUCACAGGCUUGCAGAAGUGCCAGGCCAUUGAAGAGCUCAACCUGGGCCACAUGAAACUCAGUGAUGCUGCCAUUCCUAAGCUUGUGCUGGGCCUUUGUAAAAUGCCAUCUCUGAAAAGGCUAAUCUUGAACCAUAACAGUAUUGGUGAUGAUGGCUGCUCCAGACUCGCAGAAGCCUUGAGGAACAUGCACUGCAUGGAAGAAAUCAAUUUAGCCCACAACAAGAUUGGAGAUCCAGGCCUGAUAAAUAUAGCCACUGCCCUGCUGGAAAUGCAAAACCUGAAGAGAAUCAACCUUUCAGGGAAUAGUCCUAGUCCUGCUGGAGGGGAAAAGCUGAUGGAAGCUCUUGCCUAUUGCAAGCACAUCGAGGAGUUACUACUAUCAAGGAAUGUUUUUGGAGAUGGGACAGCAGUGAAACUUGCCCUCUGUCUACCUCAUGUGAGCAGCCUGAAGAUCCUGCACUUACAGAAAAAUAACAUUGGGCCAACAGGAGGGACAGAGCUGGCCAGAGCCCUGGUGGCAUGUGGGCUGUUGGAAGAGAUAAGUUUAUCAGAAAAUGACCUCGGGGAAGGGAGUAUCCAUGCCCUGUCUGAGGGACUGCCACACUUGGAACACCUCCGGAAGAUUGACUUGAAACUCUGUGGAAUCACUGAUGAUUCUUCAAAAUCACUUUCUUGCGCCUUCCAACAAUGCCCUGCCAUGGAGGAAAUAAUAUUGUCUUGGAAUUCCCUUGGGGAUGGAGGAGCCCAAGAGUUGGCCAGUGCCCUCCCAGGGAUGGAAAAGCUGAAGAUGUUAGAUCUGGAGAAAAAUCGCAUUGGUGCCUUUGGAGCCAUGAAGCUAUCAGAGGAACUUGUCAAGUGCCCGGAAAUUCAGUUCAUAAGGCUGUGGGACAAUCCGGUGCCCAAGGGCCUCGCUGCAGACUUGACAAGCCAAGACCCAAGACUGUGUUUCUCCUUCUAUUAGCAAAGAAAAGACAUCACCUGACUAGGAAUUGUUUUCCGUUUCUCAUUGACCUCAAAAAUUGCACUAAAAGAAAGAGAUUCUGAAGAACGCAGGAAACCAAAAUUCCUCCAGCUAAAAGCUGUAAUUAUAAUGUCUUUCGUUGCACUGAACCAAGUGUAAGCACUUACGUGUGUUUUGUUUUUUGUAAGCUUUUACUGUACAGAAGAACAAAAAGACUAAAGAAUUGCUGCUGAGCAGGCAACGUUCUUCGUGUACCAACACUGAAACUCUCUUCAGGAUGAUGAGAUGCAUCUGCUCAUGCUCUCAGAAAACCAGCAGAAUAUUUCAUUAUCUUUAAUCAAGAUUACAACACCUACAGGAUGUUCCAAUAAAAGAAUGAACAUCCUCCAGGAGAGGAUGUAACAUUUUUACAAAACUGUAAACCGUUGAUGCUGUUACAAAUGCACUGGACCAAGUUGUUUGAAAAUUGUAUAUAGCUCUGUGUGAAAUACCUCUAUGAUUUUUAAGAAAAAAAAAAAGGUUUUAUUUGCUUCAUAGCAGGCUUCUCUUCAUGCAGAAUUGUCUCAGUUUCAUAGUAAAAACUUCAGAACUUUGGCAAUUUCAAAUCAUUGUCCAACAAUGAUGAAUAUUUGUGCUGCAAUACAGCCUGAUAUCGCCGUAAAUUUCAGUGAGAAAACUUGAAGUACUGAAGGUGUAAAGCAAUUCGUAAGAAAAUUGUGCCCAUUAUAUGUGAGACGGUAUGCAGCACUGCCUACUUUCCUGUGGGGUUUUCCAGAGCUUUGUUGGAUUUUUGGAUGACUCUGCUUCACUAGUCUCUUUGAGGUGAAGAGAAGGGUAAAUUAGCUUCAAGUGCUGCAAUUUAGACUACAUAAUGGGUUCUUCAAGCCUGUGCGUUGCCUGGCCAUGAAUGCUGCUGGACUGGAGGGAGAAGAUCCCAAGCACUGAGUUUUCUGCUCUGCAGAGGAGACAAACCAUGGCUGCUCCUUGCAUGUGCAGAAUGACAGUUUGUGUUGCAGGAGUGCAUGUCAUUCUCAUUAUUUAUUAACUUGUGUUAUAAAGUUUUCCUUAUGUGCUUGUACUGUAAAUAUUUAAUCUUUGUGGUAUGUGGGCAGCCAGUGGUUGUUACUCCUGGAGGAGCUACUGUCCUUAUUUAAAGAUCAGCAUCAGGCUCUGGGAGAUACUGAUGCUGUUGCAUAGAGGUAGGACCCAUUUUGUAGAGAAUGCAGUCUGAAAAUGCUAUAAAAAACACAACAAACAAAAAAGAUGGUGAGAUUUCUUAUUAGGCCAUAAUUCAUUAAAGUAAUCAAGUAUCUGAGAUUUAAACACUGGAAUUUAAGAUAAGGCUUUUCCAAAUGUGGCCUUUAUUUUCAUUUUGCUUUUUCAGAUCUAGUUUGAAGAUGCAAAUCUUUGUAGUGCCCAUCAGUGUGGUGCAACAGGCACUGUGACCACAGGCAGAGAGGUGCGUCAGUGCUGUUCGUUCCUCACAGCUUUCGAGGUGAGCAAUGUUAACUGGGCUCUGCUCUGCCCAUGGUCUCCCAGGACUUCUGUUGGAAAUGCAACAAGGUGGACAGAGUUUUCAGUAACAGUCCAUCCUGGUCCAGGCUGUGAUUUGAAAAGCCAUUUUAUCCUGCAUUUUCAACAUCAUUUUAGUAGGACUGAGUACUAUGUCUCAUAAAAAAUGAGGUUUACUCUGUAUGAAGAAUAAAAUCACUGGGAUGUUACUCCUUAAUGCACCUCAUGAUGGCCAGGUUGUAAUCUUCAGUAGCAGCCGCUGCCAGAGUCUUUUGCUGUUACCACAGUCCCAUGCAAGAGCAGGAAAACCAGACAGUGAUAUUCACUGUCAAACAGAGGUUUGUCUAGCUCCGUGGUGUCACCUCCUUGAUGCAUUCCUGCCUUUGAAUUUGUUCUGGUGUCAUGAUAAUUUAUUUUCCUCUUUUACUGGUGUGAAAUGUACUUUCUUGCAUAUUGCUUUUCCUCCUUUUUUGAUGGGAAAAAUAAAUGUGUUCUGAGUAAUUAAGAAAGCCA